AUGCAGAACAUUUUACCAUACCAAGUUCAGGGACUAAAUCAGAUGCCUUAUGUCCUAAUGACCCCUGCUGCUUCAGCCUACUUCCCAAUGCCAAUUUCAAUGCAGGAAAUUCCAGUUCAAGUUAGUAGCCCAGUUGGGCCCUUGACUAACACUCUGGUCGAUUGGAACCAAAGUCAGGCUCCUUUAGGAUCCUUAGAAUGUGGUCAAGCUCAUACAGGUGGUAGUGCAAAUAGCCAUAUAAAGGAGUACAAUAUCUUGCAGCAAGCUCAUUUAGAUGAGGGAUACUAUAAGGAGUGUGGCAUAGGUCAACCGGCUUAUGCGAAUAGACAUUUUACUCUCCCAUCUCUAAAUCAAAUUUCAGCAGAACUUGUGGACUCUAAUGAACACCAAAGAAUUCUUAUGACAGCUCCAGAUUAUAAUUUGUGCGAAUCUGCAUGAAAGCCAAUAAGGCAAGGACCGAUUCAGGGUCAUGAAAGGUCUAUGAUGAACACUGCUAGUACAAAAGAAGAGGCUAACUUUGUGGAGAAAAGGCAGGGUUCUAAUUCAGAAUUUUUCACUCUUGAAAAAUUUUGAAUUUGCAAUCAAAAAGUAGCUGAUUGUUAUAAUAUGAGCAUAAGCUUCCAGCAUUCUUCUCAUUCAAGUCCAGCAUCUCCAAACCCAUCAGACGAAGUCCGGACCAAAAAGAGCCCUGAGACGAACUUCUUGGAAGAACUUGAUGAGUAUCAAGGAAGCUUCGAACAACUCAAGCCAUCGAUUAAUAAUGGAAAGAAAACACAUAUAUUUAGAUGCAAGGUUAAUGGAUGCAACAAGGGCUUCCACAGAGCCCAAAAUAUAGUGAUGCAUCUUAGGGUUCAUUUUGGAGUUAAGAAAUUUUCAUGUGAUUAUUGAGAAAGAAAAUUCACACAAAAGGGCAACCGUGAUAAGCAUAUGAAGCUUCAUUUGACCCCUAGUAUCGAAGAACGAAGAAAUAUUUCCUGCAAAUGGUGAGGGGUGAUGUUCACCGAGAAACAUAAUCUCCAGUCUCACAUCAAGCAAAUGCAUGAGAUGAAGGAUGAAUAAUAUA